GCUUAGGUUGGCUUGAUUACACUUCUAAAAAAAAAAAAGUUGAUAACAAAACCAAAUCAAUUCACUGCAUCAAAGUGAAAGGAAACAGCAUAAAUCUACUCUUAAGAAUUGGUUUCAGCGGCACUAACCAAUUCGAAUCCAAUCCAUCACACAUUCUUCAUUUUGAAGGUGUGAAGCAACAAGUUACAAAUUUAUUGACAGAUUAUUGAUAACAAACAUAGACAAAAAUGUUGGUGUUUGAAGCAAGAUAUGUUCGACAAGUAAAAGUUUUUACUCGAACUUGUGUAUCGAGAUGGUCUACUGUAUUUUAUUCUUGUUAUUCAAAUUCUCCUCACAGCAAAUCUAAGCUGGCCCCUUUGCAGGAGAGAAGAAUGAUUGACAAAGUUAAAAUAUUUGCAAAAGCAGGAGAUGGUGGUCAUGGUUGCACCAGCUCUCGCCGCAGUCGACAUGAUAGAAAGAGCAUAGCUGAUGGUGGCAGUGGUGGGGUAGGUGGUGAUGUAAUUCUGGAAUGCUCUCGUAGAGUUUGGGAUUUCAGUGGUCUGCAGCGUCAUCUAAUAGCAGGUAAUGGAGGACAUGGAUCAUCAAAAAAUAAGAUAGGAACCAGGGGUGCCGAUAAGGUUGUUCGUGUACCGAUUGGCACUGUACUUCAUCUUGUUAGUGGUGAUAUUCCUUCUAUAGUCAAAAAAGUUCAAUCCUCGGCAGAUUUAGACCCUUGGGAUGUUCCUGGUGUACUUGUAGAUGAUCAUUCCGACCCUCGCGAUGGUUCUACUUCCAACGUUACAAUGCAGGAAAAAGUCAAUGCAAUACAUCCUACUGGCUGCUCUUCAUCCCAAGCUACUGAAGCAAAUGUUGAGAAGUCUGUAAAAUCUACAUGUGUUGCAUCAGCAGAUGUACUUUCUCAACUUUCAUCAUCUAAUGAAACUUCCGAACUUGGUUCAGAGGAUAUAGAAGGGAAACCAGAGAUCCUUAGUAAUGUUGCUGAAUUAACAGAAGAAGGUCAACAGAUUAUUGUUGCUCGUGGAGGAGAAGGUGGUCUCGGUAAUGUGUCUAUUCAAAAAGAUCCUAGGAAGCCUCCGACUACGAAGGCAGGGGCAGGUCAACACGUAACCAAUCUUCAGGACACUGACAGUGUUAACUCUUCCUUAAGUACAGGUUUACCUGGUUCUGAGUCUGUUCUUAUAUUAGAACUGAAGUGCAUUGCUGAUGUUAGUUUUGUGGGAAUGCCUAAUGCUGGUAAAAGCACGUUACUUGGAGCUAUAUCGAGAGCUAAGCCUGCUGUUGGUCACUAUGCCUUCACUACCCUUAGGCCGAAUUUAGGGAAUUUGAACUAUGAUGAUAUGUCGAUAAUUGUGGCUGAUAUUCCUGGACUUAUAAAGGGCGCACACCAAAAUCGUGGACUUGGUCAUGCAUUUCUGCGCCACAUAGAACGCACAAAGGUUCUGGCUUAUGUGGUAGACGUGGCUGCUGCUUUACCGGGAAGAAAAGGAAUUUCACCGUGGGAACAACUGAAAGACUUGGUUCUAGAGCUUGAGUACCAUCUGGAGGGUUUAUCCAAUCGGCCAUCCUUGAUAGUCGCAAAUAAGAUUGAUGAGGAAGGUGCUGAGGAAGUGUAUGAAGAGUUAAGGAGAAGGGUCCAGGGUGUUCCUAUCUUUGCUGUGAGUGCUGUUUUGGAGGAAGGGAUACCAGAGCUUAAAUCUGGUCUUAGAAUGCUUGUCAAUGGUGAAACUUCAUGCCCACUUUGCCUAGAUCAAAUAUUGCUUGAUUAGAUUAGAUUAUCAUCAUUCCUCUUGUAAGUAUGAGUCAAGAUAGAGUGGAAUAUCUUCUUUGCACUUUCUGUUUUGUUUACUUCCCCUGUACUUGGAGUUGAGUGUUUUGCUUGGUUCUAAACCAAACUGAACUCCCAAAAACAAUGGCCAUAACCUAAUCAAGCCAUUUAGAUGUGCUACGUUUAAGAUUCUUUUAAAAGAAAAAAUAAAUGUAUGAUUGUUAGCCUCAGACAA